AGUGCUGCCCCGUCAAUGUCGCCGGGGAGCCAAGAAAAGCAAAGCAAACCCAUUGGCUUCUCUCUUCCCUCCGCCCCUGGCUUCCUCCCCUCCCCAUUUCUCCUCCGAAUCGCUGCCUUUUUUUAGUUUAUUUUGCUUGCACUCAGUUCUUGGAGAGAGAGGUGGUUGCAAUGGGUGGCGGCGGAACGCUGGUCUCGGUUUACCCCGAGGAGCUCACCUUCUUGUUUGAGCUGGAAAAGGCGUGCUAUUGCAAUCUCAAGGUGGUGAACAACAGCGAGCACCAUGUCGCAUUCAAGGUCAAGACGACAUCGCCGAGGAAGUAUUUCGUCCGGCCAAACGCGAGCAUCGUCCAGCCAUGGGAUUCUUGCACAAUAACGAUUACGCUCCAGGCACAGAAAGAGUACCCACCAGAUAUGCAAUGCAAGGAUAAGUUCUUGAUUCAGAGCACGAAGGUGGCUGCCAGUACCGACAUGGAUGAGAUACCCCCUGAUACGUUCAACAAGGAAGCUGAAAAGGUAAUCGAGGAAAUGAAGCUUAAGGUUGUUUACACAUUACCUAGUGGAGGCUCAGACGACUCUAGUGUUUCAUCUUUAGGAAGCAGGAGCUUCAAAGGAGCGUCUGAUGAUCUGACGAUGCUGAAGAACGCAAGCUUAGAAGAGAUCCAGACAAUUCAGCGCCUGAAGGAUGAACGAGAUAACAUGCUUCAGCAAAAUCAGCAAAUGCAACGUGAAUUGGAUGUGCUCCGGAGGCGUCGGAGCCGCAAAGGCGACACGGGUUUCUCCUUGACGUUUGCUGCAUUCGCUGGCCUAAUAGGUGUUCUGGUCGGACUCCUGAUGAGCCUCAUCUUCUCGUCCCCACCGGCCACUGCUUGAGAUGCAGAGGUUGCAACCUAGAGAAUCAAUGUUCAGAUCCACGUCACGAUGAACUCUAGAAAAGAGAUCCAUCUUUCUAUUUUAGUCUCUAUUGCUAUUCUUUACUUCUUUGCGCCGUAGUUUUUAUGUGAAACGAUAACGGGUUGCAGUGUUUCCACCCGUGCUUGCUUCAUCUUCCAUUUGUAUUUGCCCCUCCUUUUCUAAUUCUUUCUGUAUUUAGUUUGAUAUAUAUGUAUCUACAUAUAUCAGGACAGAAGAUGUAUGCAUUCACCGGUUGGAAAUGUAUAGAGGAACUCAUCGUAGGAGUAUCAAGAAAGAAUAUUGAUGCCCACAGUGUUGUAUUGUA